UUACAGUCAACAACUAACAAGACGCUGCGAAUUUUAACGUAAAAUUACUUUGUUUAAUUAUUUCCUAUAAAUUCGUAAAAAUAUAACUGUUAAAAUCAGUUGCAAUUAGUUUUAAUUUACGCAUUACAUUAGUACUUAAUGUUUUCUAUAUAGUAGCAAACUAACGUCUCGGUACAUCAUGAGCGGCAGGGUGAAAAAGGCCGCGGCGCCAAAGAAGAAAGCCAAUGGCUACAAAAUGCCUGCUCCCAUACCACUUGGAGAGGUUUUAACAGAUACAAUUUUCAAGAAGAAGUGGCGCAUAGGACCUUCUAUAGGCGUCGGCGGCUUUGGUGAAAUAUACUCGGCGUGCGAUCACAAUAGUUCGCCUAAAAAGGGAGGGAGUUACCCAUAUGUGAUAAAAAUUGAGCCACACGAGAAUGGACCGCUUUUUGUGGAGGUGCACUUCUAUAUUAGGAACUCUAACAGAGCUGAUAUGGAAAAGUUUAUGAAAGACAGGAAGCUGUCCACACUCGGCAUGCCACUGUUCUACGGGCACGGCUCACACGAGUACAAAGGGGAAAAGUACAGAUACCUGGUGCUGGAGCGCUACGGACAGAACAUAUGGAGCUUGUUCGUACAGAACGGACGGACUAUCCCUGUGCACACAGUGUUCCUGUUGGGACUGCAAAUGCUGUACGUGCUGGAGUACGUGCACGGGCGCGGCUACGUGCACGCGGACAUCAAGGGCGCCAACAUCCUGCUGGGCCUCAAAAAGGGCACGGAGCAGCAGGCCUACUUAGUGGACUUCGGCCUCGCCUCGCGCCUCAACGACAAGGAGUUCAAGCCCGAACCCAAGAGCGCGCACAAUGGCACCAUCGAGUACACCAGCCGGGAUGCACAUUUAGGAGUGCCAACGAUGCGCGGAGACCUGGAGAUCCUGGCCUACAACAUGCUGCAGUGGCUCGUGAGCGAGCUGCCCUGGGAGAAGAGCAUGAGCCAGCCCAAGGCGGUGCAGGACAUGAAAGAGGCGUUCAUGAAGAACGUGCGGAAGGAGAUCACCAAACUGUCCAGCAGUGUGCCCGAAGCCCUCAUAAAAUUUUUCGAGUACAUAAACACUCUGAAACCCAAGGACAGUAUAAACUACACGAAAUGCAAACAAAUAUUGGAAGGCUAUCUGAAAUCACAAGGAGUGCCGACCAACAGCAAGCUGGAGUUCACGAACAGUAAGCGGAAGGCAAACAAAUCGGUGAACGAAAACGUGGACGACAGUUGUACCGAUAAAACCAAUGGAAAGGUACUCAAAAAGAAUUCAACCAAAGAAAAUGCCGCUGUCAAAGAGACGAGGCGAGGCAGGAAGCCGAGGACGGUGGUCGCGGACGAGAACAGCGAGAACGAGGAGCCGGCGGCGAAGCACCCGGACACCCCCGCCAAGAAAGGCAGGAAACCGAAGGCUGUAGUUACACAACAGAGCAGUGAGGAAGAACAAAGCACAGGCAAAGGAGACAUUGUCCGAAAAGUUCCAGUAAGAGCCUCAAAAAGGAAAUCAUCCGAACCGACGGUGCUUGUUAAAGUUAAAAAGACAAAAAUGGCGCCGAAAGCGACGCCCCCGGUCAAAAAGAAUCACGCUAAUACGGCCACGCAGACUUCUGCUGAGAAAUUGAAACGAAGCCCAAGACAGGUAUCAUUUGACAGUCCGAUCAGUGAAAUCAUAGGUGAAGAGACAAAGAACGGCAAAAAUAAAUCGGCGAAUUCCAGUGCCGACAUCUUCGAGGACUCUUUCGUGAUCGAGGAUAAGAAGGUGAAGCCAAAGAGGAAACUGUUGUCGAAGCAGGAAGUGACGGUCAAGAGGGUAGUUAGCAAAAAAGUGACCACCGCCAAAGCGAAAGCCAAAUCAUGGAAGGAUUCUUCAGCCAUUAUCAAUGGACGGUCGCCACCUAAAUAGUGAACUGUGCCAUAUUUUUUAUGCUACAAUCAGACGGACAAUAUAUAUCGCCAAUAAUAUCGUGAUACGGUAACAAUAUAUUUUUAUUAUUCU